CAACUCUGAAUGUGGUUAUGAAGGGGGGGAAGGCUUCGCCCUGAUCACAAACUUGGGUUUGAAUAGGAGAGCGCGCCCCGCCCUCCUGCUCCUUAUAACAGAGAGCCUGGCCGCAGGACGCUCCAAACCAACCAGGACCACCGGAGACCACGUCGCUGUUCGUGAAGUAUCCCUGGAGCUGAACUCUGACGGAUUAAACUGGCGCUUUCCUCUUUUCGCGGCAGAAACGAGCGGCAGAGAUCAUGGAUUUUCUCAACCACAACUAUCUGAGCGCGCGCAAUCCGUAUGAUUAUACUUUCAACUUCUGGAACGACUACCUGGGGCUGACGACGUUGGUCACGAAGAAUAAUAAGCUCAGCAUGCCCCAGAAUCCCAACUCCAUCACCGAGUCCCUCAAAGCCACUCUGGGUUUGGACGAUUCCGCGGCGUGCCCGUGCGUAAUCGCGGGCGGCGGCGGCGUCGGGGAGGGCGGACACCUGGACUGCUGCUGUCCGUCCGGGAGCCCCCCGCCGCCCUCCAUCCUGGACCUGAAGGAGCGCUUCUCCAUCCUGAGCCCGUUCCGGAGCCAGCUCCCRGAGCCGGGGGCGGGCCUCGGCGGGGGCUUCGCGGGCUUCGACCUGUUCGGCGCGGAGCGGAAGAUGCGCAAAGCGGCUCCGCGGAGCAAACAGGAGCCCAAAAUCUGCGUGUUCUGCCGGAAUAACGGCGCGCCCGAGGAGGUGUUCGGCUCCCACGUGCUGAAGACCCCGGACGGCAGGGUCGUGUGCCCGAUUCUGAGGGCGUACACCUGCCCCCUCUGCAGCGCCAACGGGGACAAUGCCCACACCAUCAAAUACUGUCCGCUGUCAAAAGAGCAGCCCCCCCAGCGACCAUUAAAGGGGGGCAGGGCUGUGGGCGGUAAGAGGAUGAAAAUAUUUUAAACAAGAGACCAUAAAGUAAACUGAAUUGCACUGAACAAUUUCCAGAUGACUGUUUUUUGAUUUUCUGUUCCAUAAACAUACUGAUUUUAUCCUUUUUUCUCUUCCUUCUAUGAGAUUUCUUAUAUUUUUAUAGUUCUUUUAUCCACAUAGAAUAAUUUUAUGCUUUAUACAUUUUGUCAUAGUUUGUAGUCAUUUGAAACGUGUGCAUAUAAAUACACAUUUGUUUGAAUAAUCAGAAGAUGUUUGACAUUUUAUUCAGAACAUUUUUGGUCGUAUAGGGAAAUACACUGACAUUGUCGAAGAGGAUGAAUGUCUUAUUUCUGCCAAGUAUUUUUUUUACAGCGAGCUAAGCUCCCUGUUUUAAUUUCAUUUUUCUUUUUCACGUCUUAGAAAACCAAAGUUAUGUUUGCCAUUAAAGAAGCUUGAGAAUGUGUCAUUAGUUGUGUAACUGGAGGAGGAGGGAGCUCUGACAAACUCCACAACACGUUUUCCAACUUGCUCUAAAAGUUGACAUUCAAUCUGAGUGGAAGAAGCUAAAAAAAAAGACAACAGUCUUUGUUUUAGGCUCCGAUGUUCACUGGGGGGAUGAGUUGAUGCCAAACUUUUGUUUCCAUUCCGCGAAAUGAGAAAGUUAUUUGACCUCAGAAACAAUCAAAAAAUGCGAAGAAGCUA